AUGACAAAUUUUAAUAGCACCCAGAGACAUUACAAAAAAGAAGCAUUUCAAAAGAAAUUCGAACAUAGAGAGUAAACGAUAAGAAAUAAAAGAGUGAGAGUAACAGUAUGAAAUGAGUAAUGUUUGAUUUAAUCAACAGGAAAGUGUUGCAGCAGAUCUGUAGUUCUCUGGGAGCUUGUUGUACAUGGAGAAGUAUAAUGAACUGCACAUUAACAUCGGUACUGUGGUAUUCAUGUAAUUGUACUUCUUCUCUGGGUGGAGACAGGGGCUCAGUACAUGUCAGCAGCUCUCAUGCAGCUUGAGGCGGGGGUCUGACUUGAUGGGCCUGAUUAGUAUUCCGUCCUUUGGGUGCGCAGUGUUUCCAGCCACAGAGCCACGUCAGGCCUGCAGCGGCUGCUCGUCUCCUCCAAGGUUAGAACCAGGCCCCGCCGAGGAGCUGGAGAAACCCGGAGCUGAAUCCACAGCGAGACACCAGGAUCCAACUUCUGUCUUUUUCUGUGGUGGGGACAUUGCGCUUUUCUCCGGCUGCACAGAGGCGGCGAGGAGGCUGUGCGUCAGCGGGGACAUCGGCAGCGUUGUUUCGGCUGUGCUGCGAAGAAAAAGAUCGUUAUCGCCCCGUCUUUACAUUCGUGCUUAAUGGAAACGCGCAAUCACAAGAAAUGGCUGCAUCUGGAGAAUAUCCUUGAAUGCGAUCGUCUCCUCCCGACAUCGGCGCGUCAGAGGCGACACCUCAGCUAGCUGGAGCCCUGGGUCUGGGUGUGAAUCUCCACUGUGCACCGUGUGCUGCUGGAGUGAAGGUGACUCGCGCCCCGUCGCAGUGGAGGCAAUGCGGAGAGGAGUCGCAGGCGCUCAUCCGGCACUUUCUCUGCGCUCCGAGGCUCGUCCGGGAUCAGGUCCGCUCCUCCUCACGCACUAGAGGGGAGGAAGGCGCACACAUACGACACAAUAAUCGAGGUAGUAUAGAGGGGAAGGUGAAUCGUUGAGGGGAAGGUGAACACUCAGGUGCAGGGGUGGUGUAGAGAAAGUGGUGGAGUUUGGAGGAGAGAGGAGGGAGGGUUGGAUCGGACAGAACCCGUUCCGUACUAGGACUGUUUUGUUAGUGGGUGUGUAUGCAUGAGUUCUGCAUCGAAUGGGCGCAAAAACCGCCCCAGAUCCGCCGGGAACAUCUUCCAGAUCGGCAAGCCUCCGCACCGAGAGCCAGAGAGGAGGGAGAGCACGGAGAGUACCCGCAAAGCCCAGCGCGCCGUGGCCGACUGCAGGAUGAUCGUCCAGGAGUUCAAUACACUCGUGGCUCUGUACCGUGAACUGGUCAUCUCCAUUGGCGAGAUCACUGUGGACUGUCCGUCUCUGCGGGCCGAGAUGCUCAAGACCAGGACUAAAGGCUGCGAGAUGGCGAGAGCGGCUCAUCACAGCCUCUCCUUGAUAUCUGGGCCGGAGGACGGGGAGAUCCACCCUGAGAUCUGUCGACUCUUCAUCCAGCUGCAGUGCUGUCUUGAGAUGUACAUCACAGAGAUGCUCAAAUCUGUCUGCUUGUUGGGAUCCCUGCAGCUCCACAGGAAAGGUAAGGAGUCCUGCGGCCCUCCUGGGGUCGACAGUAAGAUCGAGGAGAGCUCAGACAUCCCCAUCCUGGAGGACACGUCUUCCUCCCCCACUGACUGUCCUCAGCUCUGCUGGCUGGUGGCUAAUGACAUAGAAAACAUUGAAAAGUAA